UCCGUUCCACCUCUCUCCUCUCCUCUCUCCAUCGCAAUAACACUUGUUCGUUAAUCAAAGCAAUUUUUCAAUUUAAUAAAUUCAAUCGCCCAUAAAAAAUUGAGUUUAUCGGAUAAACCCUCACUCGUGGCCUCUCGGUGAUGUUCUUUCUGUCCUCACAAGUUUCAGUGGUAUCAACGUGCGAACGUGUAUGCAUGUAGCUCGGUGUUAUGCAAAUAGUGGGAACUAAUCAAACUAUUACUAAAAUAUUAUGCGCUACACUUGAUAUGCAACUAUAUUUUAUAGCAUAAAAAUUCAUACCAGUCCAGUUUCAAGGCGUUCUCUCAUCGUCCUAGCAAUACGCCAGUUCAAAUGGGGAAAGCUGUUCUCGCAGAGGAAGUUCUGUUGAACUAUUUGACAGACUUAGCAAAAGGCUCUGUCGGCUUCAUUCCUGGUCUGAUAGUUGGACAGACAAUAAAUGAAAAUGACUAUGUAUUGCAUCUUAUGCGGACGCCUCUUCAUGAAACUCAAACUAAAGAUUCAGCACCAGUGAAAGUAGGAUCUCUAUCUAAAAUGAGUGAUUUGCAAGAAUCAUGGGUUGCUGAGCAUGCAAAAUGUGUUACACGCAUGCUCCCUGGCGGAAUAUCAGUCUUGGGAAUUUUUGUCAUCGGACCAGAUGAUAUCCUUAUUGACACCGCAGGACAGAAUAAAUUUCGAUCUACAGUCGUGCAGAUUCAUAAAAAGUUAACAGCAGAUAAAUUCUUGUUUGGCAAUGGAACCAGCUCGGAAAAAAUAGUUCUUCAGUUUGCUAGGAAUUCUCUCAGGUAUUCCUGCAAAAGUUUUAACGUGGAAAAUGCCAGCUCAAAUCUGAAACCAGUAGAAUGGAGAUUCACUUCACAACCAACCCGGUGGCACCAACUCAAGUGCCAUUUUAAUCUAGAUAGCGUCGGUUCAAUUCAAUUCAGUCCUGAUAAUUUGAAACAAUCCCUUCAAAGCCAAUUCGAUAAAGUUGUGCAAGCAGUUGCAGACAAUCUGGAAAUAUCAAUUUUUACCAUCAACAGUCAUAUGAGAGCUGAGUCGACACCUUUAAGCAAUCUAGAAGGAAAUGACAGCGAUGUCUUCUCAACCAAAUUAGCAGAUAGUAAAACUGGCUCCGGCAAAAGGAAAGUUGCAAACAUUCUCUCCACUCACAUCGUAGAUUUUUACCAGGAUUGCAAUAAAGUUUGUAAUAUAAGGCCAUACAGCAGAUGUAAAAGUCUAGAAUUGAAGUGCUCCGGAGUUUUAGAAAGUCAUAUUUAUGUCCACGAAAAAGGGACAGUGGGUGAUGGAAUUAAGAUUUUAAAAGAAGAUAUAUUACGGUCCCUUUUUUCAAGAUUGGAGAUGCACUAUGAAACACUCAUUGAAGAAGAAGCAGCAGCCACUCCGACUGAUGGAACUGUUCUCCAUGAGCCCCCAAGACGAGUCAUGAUUUCUCUUGCCAACUCAGACAUUAAUUUCUAUGACUACCUUUUUCCGGGAGAGGGAGUCUCAGAAAUACAUCAAUCACUUCAAGAAUUUCUUGACCUGAAAGUUGAUGCCACGCUCAUAAACAAGAAUUUUGAAGGCAAAGCAGGCAAUUCUUUGGACAGUGAUGAAAGACUCGCAGAGUUCGCAUUACAAGGUGCAAAAACUGUACAGGGUUUCAGUUUUCCAACUUUACGAAUUGCAAGCUUAAUCGUUGCUCUCGCCAUUUUACUAAUUUCAAUCAUUGUGCAGUUAUAUUCCAGGCAGUGACCACUGUAGUAUGUGAAGAAGUUGACCUCUAAUAAGAAUUUUACGUGGAAAAAACAUUUUUGUUUCUCAUAAGAUGUUGAGGUGCUUUCUUGAUCAAAAUAGCAUGCUCAAUAUAUGUAUUUACCAAUUUUGAAACAAGAUCUUUGGGGAAGUAGAUUUUUUCCCUUACUUCGCAAUUCUUGCAAAAGAUAAGUAUGGAUUGGUUUAGUGGCUAUAUUAUUCUUGCAAUAUUCAAUGAAUCAAUUAUCAAUAAUUGCGUUAAAUUGCAUAAUUAAUUUUUGUGAUGGUUCAAACCUAAACAGACAAACGUAAACUCUUGUCUUGAUCAUGGACCAAGAGAAUAAAUAUCUAUCCUUUUGGUCCAUGUCCAGACUCUGUGUGACUUAAUUGUAUUAUUGCAUCACUAUUUUGUCAUCAACCAGUCAUUACUCAAUUAACAAUUCAUUAAAUGCAAGAAAUUUUGAUAGUAGUAAACAUCGGGAUGUAUUUUACUACCAAGGCACAAGCACGGCAAAUUUAUGUGUCUGCCUACAUAAACCAUUGAAACUGUAUUCAUAAAACUAUGACAUAGCCACUAAAUCAGUCUAUUGAAAAUUGCUUUUUGAGUGGGGCCAGAUUUAAGGAGUCAUUUGUAAAGGCUGGCUCCUGAUAUCAGCAGAAUGUUAAGGAAGGGGGGGGGGUUAGAAUAGUUGCAAUGGAUUCGUUACAACUUCAGUCAAAGCAAAAGCAAGAGUUCCUUUCAGGCAAAAUGGCUCUAAAAUCACAACAAGUGCAUUGACAAAGCCUGAAAUUUAUUCCAUACUUCACAAUUUGCCUAAGAAAUUUGCGCAUUUGUAAGGUUCCAGCUUUAAAAGAUAUUCAACUGUAAUUUUGAUGUAAUUUGACGUAGACGAGUCUACCCAGCUCCAUGGUUCCACAUAAAAACUUACAUUGGCCACCAUCAAAUAAUGCAGAAACUUAGACGUACAACCAUAAAAGAACUUCCUCUUAUAAAAUGAAACUUGGAAAUCAGAAAUGAAAGGAUGUAAGAUACAAAAACGUCCAUUAUGUUGUCUGUUUUUAAUGGAGAAACUGCAUUACUAUACAACAGCCAUUUUAAGUUUUGGGAGGAGUUGUAAGUCUCAUUUGUAUCAAAUUACGUCCAUGUUUAAAUACUUGAGCAUACUUUUAAAAGGGGGAACUAAAAAACGAGCAAAUAUCUCACUCAGAUUGUAAGGUAAGGAGUCUCUUUUAGACUCUAUUUCAAUGCACCCAUCGAGUUUCUACGUAAUUUUUCCUGCAGAAAAAUCUGUUGAUUUUGCUUUAGCUGAACUUGCAAAGGACCCUUUCCUGGUGACAAAGUAGGCGGAAGGCAAAUUGCGGCACUUUCUAGUAGUGAUGAAAGAAUAAAUGGCACUGUAAGCAGUCAGUCAUACAUACAAAGUGAAAAGCUAACUAAAAAUGAAUUGCUGCUGAUUUGGGGUUGACUGAUUAUUUUUUCGACCAUAGAUGUUAGUUUUUUCCCUGGGUGCAAAAAUAGCUCAUCUGUCCCCCUAUCUUUGAAAACUAUAUCAGUAGCUCAGAGGAAAAAGGUCAUAACUAAUAAACUUUUUCCACCUUAAAAUAUCAUGAGAAAAAUUCUUGGUGGCUCAAUUGCUUCUGAUGUUAUUUUUAAGUUUUGGAGUUUUUCGUCUCGCAUCAGAUAUUGCCACGAAAUUUUUCACACAUCUCGAGCAUAUUAAUAAUUCAAAUAACUUUAUUUUUCCAAGAAUGUCAGUUCUGCCCUUUCAGCCUCAAGUUAUUGCUUUGUGGACAUAGAUCUUAAAACUUUUUUAUGAAUGGGAAAAGUUUCAAACAUAGCUCAUUAGGUUGUACAAGAGCCAUAUUACUACUUUUUUGUUUCAUUCAUGAAACCAAAAUUAUUGAGUUAAUCUCAACAUUCUUUUCGUUUUACUCAAUAGCAGUGUAGAACAGGGGAAGAAAUCGUACUUAAUCAAGAGUAAGAUUUACAUUAUUGCUUCUGAAUAGUUUCUCGUAAUAAUCAAUAUUUUGCAUUCAAAUUCUUUAGCAAAAUCUAUCUUUCUAAGUUUUCUGCCUAUUUUAACCCUAAGGUCUGAGAUGGGUUUCUAAACUAGAAAUAAGGUUUCAGAAGUGAGCAUGCUGCAUUAAUUGUCAACAAUUUUAUGUGUAAUCUUGCAUUUUUCCAUAAAGUCCAGGAGCACUAUCAGCGGUUGAUAAUUUCUCUAUUAAUAGGAAAUCAAUGCAAUGCAAAAUAGGCAGAAAUUGGUGGUUUUGAAGAUGAGUUGAUGUUUCUGACCAGUUUUUCAUCUAUCCAGGGCAAACUUUGUAAAACUCACAUCAUUUAACUUGACAGUAGUUUACUUUCUGUUUGCACGCGACUGCGCUGCUGUUGUCUAAUUGGGAUUGAGGAUUGAGGAUUGACUGAGUAUGACGACACCGUACUGCUGUAGUGCACAGAUAUCGAAAACCAAUAUCUUUCUCUGAGAGGGUAUCGCUAAAACUGUCUACUGCGCAUGAAAGUUGAAAGUAGAAACUAACACCAACCUAUCCGCCGCAAGUUCAAAUCCCGAUCUAGAACUCAGGUUUAAUCAUGUCAUCAGGAUUUAUUGCUCAUAGAUUUAUUGAAGUUUUAUUUCAAUCUUUUAAGAGUAGAAAGAAACCAAGUUGCCAUGUGUACUGUUUUUAGAGCUCCUAUCAGACUUUUUAGUUUUUUUGUUUUGUUUAUUUUUUUUAAAUUAAGUGAACCCACUCUAAGUAUUAUGUCAUUUUAAAUGUCACUGAAGCUUGAUCUUUGCUUCAAAUUUAAACAGGCUUUUUUUUGUCGUCAAAAAUUUUAUGGAAACACACAUUCCAUGAGUUACUGAAAUACUACCCAAAGCCAAAUAUGGGCACGGUAUUAUCAGAUGAACAAAACGCAGUAUUCUAACAUUACAUGGAAGUAAACAUUCCAUGAGUUUGUAAAAAUACCACUCAAAGCCAAAUGAAUCUCUCAGUUCGGAAACGACCCAUCUCGGAAAAAUUUAAUUUUUCAGGAGACGAUAAAAACUGUGUUACGAUCAGAAAAGGAGUGUUUUUUCGCCAAAAAAAAAUGAACAUCAUCAAUAACCUGAGGUAGGUUGUUUUUGAGUUAGGAGAUUCAAACAUGAGCGCGGGAUCAUCAGAUAUACUAAACGCAAUAUUACAUUUUAUCAAUCCUCCUCUUAGAGAGAGUAGCAGCGAUUCCAGCUUGUUAUUGUUUUUAAGUUCAAAAACAGCUCUAAAAAGGAUUUGACUCGUCUUAUUUUUAUGAAAUUUUCUUUGUGACAUUGCUAAACAACUUUUGUUACAUGAACAUGUUAAAAUUUUGGCUGACAAUUCUAUUUCUGUCAUGAAAUUGUAUAAGUAAACAUUGAGCAACAAAGCUGAUACUGCAAGUAUCGAUAGGUCUCUACCUCCUGCCUGCCCAAAAUUUAAACAAAGAUGAGAUUAGUAUUUAAGAGAAAUAAUAUUUUUGCUUACAUAUUGUUAUUUUUUAUGUUCAAAUAAUGAUUUUGUAUUUUAAUUCAAUAAAAUUUAAAAAAAAAAAAAA